UAGAAAAGUCUGUGGAUCUUGGCUUCUUGGAGCCAGCUGGUACUUCCUGUUUGGAACGGCAGGGGGCGGGGCCACUCGGUCCUGCUUUCCCAUACAGUCACUGCGUUUAGUCACUGUCACUGGAGGAGCGCGGCAGCUUUAAGGAGGGGGCGUGGCUUUGUUUUGACCGCCGUGUCCAUCCGUGGACUUCUCAUUCGGCUGAUGAGCAGCCCCGUGGCUCGCGGGGAGGGGGGUGGCUCCCUGCUGCGCGUUCGCGUUUGGACUCGCCGGCCCGCUGACAGCGACCGGGAUUAUCGUUCUUACCGAGCAGCGACGGUCUCCCUGCGAAGAGUGUGAGAGAUCAUGCCCACCAGAAAACCGCCUCCCUGUCUUUGAAACCCCCCUGUCUGCCCUUGCUGCUCCUUUCUUUAUCACCACAUCCAGCUACAUCCACGCCCCCUUCUUCACCACAGCCAUCAUGCCCCCCAGAAAACGGACGAGGCCCGGCCUGGGCUUCCUCUGCUGCUUUGUCGGCAGUGAGCCUUUGGAGAUCAACCUGAAGGACAGCGUUCCCCUUCAGCUGCUGGAGUUUACUGCCCCAAUUCCACCUGCAGAGGAGCUGCAUGCACGAUUCUCUGAAUUGGUGGAUGAGCUGGACCUAACAGACAAGAACAGGGAGGCCAUGUUUGCCCUGCCUGAUGAGAAGAAAUGGCAAAUAUACUGCAGCAAGAAGAAGGAGCAAGAAGACCCCAACAAACUGGCCACCAGCUGGCCUGACUACUACAUAGACCGGAUCGACUCCAUGGCAGCUAUGCAGACAUUAUUUUCCUUUGAUGAGGAAGAAAUGGAAAUAAGGAACAAGGUAGUGGAAGAUCUGAAGACGGCACUUCGGACUCAACCAAUGAGGUUUGUCACGCGCUUCAUCGAACUCAACGGCCUCACCUGCCUCCUCAACUUCCUGCGCAGCAUGGACUGUGAGACCUCAGAGAGCCGGGUCCACACCUCCGUCAUCGGCUGCAUCAAGGCUCUGAUGAACAACUCCCAGGGCCGCGCGCACGUCCUGGUCCACCCUCAGAGCAUCAACACCAUCUCCCAAAGCCUGCGAACAGAAAACAUUAAGACCAAAGUAGCGGUGCUGGAGAUUCUUGGGGCGGUUUGCCUGGUACCUGAUGGACACAAAAAGGUGCUGCAAGCCAUGGGUCAUUACCAGAAAUAUGCUGCUGAGAGGACUCGCUUUCAGAGUCUGCUUAAUGAGUUGGACAAAAGCAAGGGGCGAUACAGAGAUGAGGUCAACUUGAAGACGGCCAUCAUGUCCUUCAUAAACGCUGUGCUGAAUGCUGGAGCUGGAGAGGACAGCCUGGAGUUUCGGCUCCACCUAAGGUAUGAGUUCCUGAUGUUGGGCAUUCAGCCGGUGAUCGAUAAGCUUCGAGGGCAUGAAAAUGCUACUCUGGACAGGCAUUUGGACUUCUUUGAGAUGGUACGGAAUGAAGAUGACUCAGAACUGGCAAAGAGAUUUGAUAUGACCCACGUUAACACAAAAAGUGCAGGUACCAUGUUUGAAGUGAUCAAAAAGAAACUGAGCCACACAGAAGCCUACCCACAUCUCCUUUCCCUCCUUCAGCACUGCCUUCAGAUUCCAUAUAGACGCGGGAGUCUGCAGUACUGGCAGCUUUUAGACAAAAUCCUCCAGCAAAUAGUCAUGCAGGACGACAUGGGAGAGGACCCCGAUGCUGCACCUUUGGACAACUUCAAUAUUAAAAACAUCAUUCGCAUGUUGGUCAAUGAAAAUGAGGUUAAACUGUGGCGAGAGCAGGCAGAGAAGUUCAGGAAAGAACACGCAGAAUUACAAGCUAAACUGGACAGGAAAGAGCGAGAGUGUCAUACUAAGACUCAAGAAAAGGAGGAGAUGAUGAAGACUUUGAAUAAGAUGAAGGACAAGUUGCAACGUGAAGGCAUAGAGCUGCGCUCUGCCAGGCAGCAAGUUCUGGACCUGUCAUCUCGUGUCAAUGACACAACACAUAGUCUAAAUGUAUUUGCAUCACCUCCACCCCCACCUGGCGCCCCCAUGGCUCCACCUCAGCAACAGAUGAUGGGUGGCAUGCCAUCACUUCUGCCAUUCAGCUGCCCUGCUCCUCCACCUCCUCCUCCACCUGGAGCACCCCCUCCUCCACCUGGAGCACCCCCUCCACCGCCUGGCGCUCCUCCUGUUUUUGGAAGCGUACCUCCUUUGAUGCCUUUGCCGUUUAUGUCUGGUAACACACCACGCUCAAAGUCCGUCCCCCAGCCUUCUCACCCGCUCAAAUCCUUCAACUGGACCAAACUUGGAGAGAAUAUGAUUUAUGGUACCAUUUGGAAUGACAUUGAUGACCUAAAAGCUUUUGAGAUUCUUGACCUGAAGGACAUAGAGAAGAUGUUCUCGGCAUAUCAGAGACAACAGGACCUGUUGACGAACCAGUCCUUCAAACAGAAAGACACCGGCUCUUUGGAUGACAUAUACACCAAUUCACGGAAAAUAAGAGAAUUGUCCGUGAUCGAUGGAAGACGUGCACAAAAUUGUGUCAUCCUGCUUUCAAAGUUGAAAAUGACAAAUGAAGAAAUCAAGAGGGCGAUAUUGGAGAUGGAUGAGAGAGAGGAGUUGUCUAAAGAUAUGUUGGAGCAGCUGCUAAAGUUUGUCCCUGAGAGGAGUGACAUGGAUCUGUUGGAGGAGCACAAGCAUGAGUUGGAGAGGAUGGCCCGGGCUGACCGCUUCCUCUUUGAAAUGAGCAGAAUUGACCACUACCAGCAGAGGCUACAGGCUCUAUUUUUUAAGAAAAAGUUUGCUGAGCGUCUUGCUGAAACAAAGCCCAAAGUUGAAGCUAUUCUGAUCGCAUCCAUGGAAGUCGUCCGAAGCAAACGGCUCACUCAGAUCCUUGAGGUCGUGCUGGCAUUCGGCAACUUCAUGAACAAGGGGCAGCGGGGUAAUGCGUACGGAUUUCGGGUGUCCAGCCUGAACAAGAUAGCAGACACCAAGUCCAGCAUAGACAGGAACAUCACCAUGCUGCAUUACUUGAUUAUGAUCUUUGAAAAAAACUACCCAGACAUCCUGCAUGUCCAACAGGACCUGAGCAAUGUGCCCGCAGCAGCCAAAGUCAAUUUGACAGAGCUGGAAAAAGAAGUGCACAGUAUCAAAAGAGGACUGAAAGCUCUGGAAGUGGAGUUGCAGUACCAGCAGAGCAGGCCAAAAGAACGUGGGGAUAAGUUUCUGGCGGUCAUUGGUGACUUCAUCACCGUAGCUGGCUUCAGCUUCUCUGAGCUAGAGGAUCAGCUGGCUGAAGCCAAAGACAAGUUUGCUAAAGCCCUGAAGCACUUUGGGGAGGAAGAGGGCCGGAUCCAGCCUGACGACUUCUUUGGGAUCUUUGACGCCUUCCUGCAGUCGUUCAGUGAAGCUCAGCAGGACCUGGAGAACAUGCAGCGUCGCAAAGCAGAGGAAAAAAAGAGAGCGCAAAUGGAGACUAUGCUGAAGGUGCAGAGGGAGAGGGAGCGCCGGGCCAAGAAAGGGGACGCUUCAGAGGAUGUUGGCGGGGAAUUCGAUGACCUGGUCUGUGCGUUGCGAUCAGGCGAGGUGUUCGAUAAAGACCUAAACAAAUUCAAACGUAACCGCAAGCGCUCUGUUAACCAGCUGGUGGACAGUGAUGGCCGUGAGCGAGCGGUCACCAAGAUGGACUGCUAGGAAGGGAAAAGGAGUCGGAAGAAGCGUCUUCAGCCCAGUUUCUAUUCCUGGAUCAGUCCUGACUGAAGCUGAAGAGAAUGUAUGCAAGCAGCUGGACGGACAGCCGUGCUGUCUGGGAGGACGGAAAGUCCACAUCCUGUCAGGGUCCUACGACAGAUUAUGCUAGACGUUGGAAAACCAUGAUGGUUGGAGUGGACAGAGCACUGUGAUGCAUUGCACCAUGUUAAUAAACUGUCCUGCUAACACUGUGUUCUAGGGUCUCCGUGUCAACGACUCACUGUGAGCCAUUCCCCUUUGGCCUCCUUUGCUUCUAAAAAACCUCUGGACUUUUGUGGUCCCACCUUUCAGCUCAUGCAAGCUCAUAAAGAAGUUCAGAGGAGGGACAAUAAAGCAUCCCAGGAAGUAGUUUCCAGUUGUGGCUCUAGAUGUUAUCUGGAAAAAACAGAAGUUUCAGCCCAAAAUGGAAUUUUAGAAGGUUCCAGCAGAGGAGUUCUGAUUCUGUUCUUCACAGUCCAGCGACAAAGUUCAGAUCCUUUCGGCUUUGCUUCGUCAUCGAGGAGUGCCAACGUCAAAAACCAGCUUCUUCAUCACUUCACUCCAAUUCCUUUAUAUUUGUAUUCAUGUCAAAAUCAGGUUCAUAAUUGUGUGUGUGUGUGGCCGUGCAUGUGCGUGCGUGUGUGUACGUGUGGCUGUGCGUGUGCGUGCAUGUGUGUGUGUGUGUGUGUGUGAGAGACACAGGUAUUUACAGAGAUGUAGUGGUGUGUAAAUUGUUGGGACUUUGUACACACUGCAUUUUGUGGUUGUUGCAGAAAGGUCACACUGCUGUUGGAGGUUUUCUACACAUUUUUGGUUUAAAAAAAAAAAAAAGACUUGUCUUUUUCUUCUUUGCACUGUAGCUUUUGUAGCUUUUCUGAACAACUUUCAUUGGAAUAACAGUGAAGUCAAUCCUGACGGCAGACAGACGUUGGUGUUCCACACAGUGAUAUCUUCAUCCGAUUCCCUUAGGGAACUAAAACUUGCUUCAGGAAACCAGAGAUGCGUUUUCAUUGAACAGGACGGAUGAUCCCAGCAGGUCACGAACUCAUCACCAUAGAACAUACCUGUUCAAAUUCAUGUAUGUGGCCGACUGAUUACAGUUUGAUUCCUUAGAGGUUUUCUCUAUUCAGUGAUGAUAUUUCCAACCAUUUGUAUUUGUAGGAAGACUCUCUGAAAGCUCCGAAACAGCCAAAGCCUUUGCUUGGCUGAGUCUAGUUCAGUUCGGCUCCGACAAGAACACAACUGUCAUGUUUGCCUUUUUCCUGCACAGAGGUUCCUGGUGCUUUUCAGCUCUAAAAAUGCCACUACUGAAGCAAUGAUCCCAGGACGUAGAUGUUAACGUACGCCUUCAAGUGCCUCUGAUUUGCCUCUGUCUUUACUCAAACCAGUUCUUCCCUCAGUUUUCCCCACAGACUAAUGAAAGGUUCACUCUGCGUUCAACUUUUUCGUUUAUUGAUCUUGUUUUUGGGUCUUCUUCAAACCACAUCAGGGUCAAUGGAACAGUUCCACUCUUUAAAUAUAGGCUGCACUUCAGGAAAUGAAGGAAAGUUUUUCUUUUAAACCUCACAUUGAAUUGACAUGAGUGCUUCUCCUUAACUCUGUGUUAGUAGGAUUUUCAAAUCUCUUUUCUUAAUAUCCGUCAUACUUUAUUUCUAUUUUUACAGCUUUACAGAGCUAAAUAUUCCUUGAGAAGUGUUGAAAAAUCAUCAGUAUUAUUUAAUAUUAGUCUCGUAACAAGUAUGUCAAUGUGGCCCUUGUCUGGAUGUUACUUGUAAAGAUGGGGUCAGCGUCAAGUAGCGGCUUGUAAAAUGCACUUUUAGGGUGAAAUGUUGCCAAAUGCACCGCUAAUUUUUGGAGCUUGUAGCUCUAAAAUCCUGUGGCACGAAAACAAGAGGAAGUGGAAACUAGACGACAGUCCAACGGAGCAGGAAGUGUUGAUGAUAAAAAGAAUGUCUGGGGGAAAAUCGUAGACAAGACGUUCAUUUCUGUUACAAACGUAUUUCUGCCAUUUCACUCAGAUCCGCAUGCCUGUUUGUUAGGAAGAGCAUCCUUUAAAAAUGUUGCUUGCAAAAAAGAGCACACCGGUUGUUUCUACAGUUUGUACUGCCUGAGAAAUAUUGCACCCGUUAUGUCAGGUUUUGUAACUGUGAGAUCCGUAUAUUUGUUGUUGAGAACAGAAUCUUUUACCAAAAGAAUGUACAGUUGGAAAAAUGCUCUUAUUUGCUUUAUUUAGUGUGCUAUAUUUUGUAAGUACACAUCUUAAAAGAAAAAGAAAUUAAAGAAUUAAACUGGUGGUCUGGGUAUUAUGGAUUAUUUUGGCAUUUCAGCACAUGUAUUCUUGCUUUUUUGUUGUUUUUUUUUGUCCGUUCAUCCGGUUUUUGGUAGAAUUACAAUAAACUUCUGGCCCAGAAAACA